UUUGACGAUUGAGAAGCUGCAAUGCACCAGUUGGCUUUGUUGUUGGAGCUGGUGGGAUUCUUCUCAUUGCUGUCUGAAGUGAUUUCGUGUGACUGGUUUCGUUGGAUUAAACAAUGAAGCGCCAAAAUGUCCGAACUCUAUCGCUGGUUGUAUGCACAUUUACAUAUUUGCUAGUGGGAGCAGCGGUUUUCGACGCCCUCGAAUCAGACCAAGAGGAGAAACGUCACCAAUUUACAGAUGAAAUGAGGAGCUAUUUCCUGGAUCGGUACAACAUCAGCGACCCCGAUUACAAACUUAUCGAGACAGUUAUCCUCGAAAGUAGACCACACAAAGCAGGUCCUCAAUGGAAAUUCUCUGGAGCUUUCUAUUUUUCUGUAGUUGUCGUCGCCUUGAUUGGAUAUGGGCAUUCGACACCAGCUACAAUAAGCGGAAAAGCAUUCUGUAUCGCUUACGCCAUGAUCGGGAUUCCAUUGGGCAUUUUCAUGUUCCAAAGUAUCGGAGAGCGUUUAAACAAGCUAAUUUCCAUACUGAUCCGAAAUAUCAAAGCCCUCUGCAAGUUUAAAAAAACGGAAGCUACAGAGAUUGACCUUAUGGCCGUCACCGGUUUUCUGUCCUCACUUAUCCUAAUGACAGGAGCGGCCGUCUUCAGUCGUUACGAAGGAUGGACGUAUCUCGACAGCUUUUACUACUGCUUCGUCACUUUGACGACCAUUGGAUUCGGUGAUUUUGUUGCCCUACAAAACGACCGUGCUCUAGUUAACCGACCCGGCUAUGUAGCCUUUUCGCUAGUCUUCAUUCUGUUCGGUUUGGCAGUUGUAGCCGGUUGCAUGAAUUUGCUGGUUUUACGCUUCAUGACAAUGAAUGCCGAGGACAUCAAACGAGACGAUGCGCUUGAUGUAGCCUCAUAUCGUGGCGGGUUAAGUCUUGACGGCGAUACAAUCAACUUCACAAAUGGGUUCAGUACGGCAAAUAAGUUGUCAGCAGCCAGUGAGAUUAAAGGACCAGACAGUGCAUUCGAAUCGGAUCAGGUUUCGGUUUGUUCAUGUACUGGGUGUUCCUGCUUUGGCAACCGAACGGCAAACUUGUUUGGCUUCAACGAUGAUAACUUUUCUAUCACAAAAGCUAAAGGACGUAAAAACAGUUGGGCGAUGCAGAUUCAUGUUCAGGAAAAGCAUCGUAUUUGGCGAUAUCCAAAUUGGCGACGACGGAGUUCUUCAAUCAACCGCAGUGGAAGUCGUUUAUCUUCACGUCUCACGUUUGGAAUCGAUUCCGUCUGGGGCCAACAGGACACCCGACCUCUUCCACGUCCGAGCAGAAGUCGUGACAUCAACGACGUUUACAAUAAUUUUAAAAGCGAAUUUUGUUUUAAUGGUAGAGAAAAACGAGCCUCAAUUUAAUUGAAUACUAAAAUGAAGGAAUAAUUGUAUAAUUCUUAUAUAAUCGAGCGCAAAUCAGACGAAAUGUACCACAAAUCAAAUUAUCUUUGGUUACUGUUUAGCAGAAGUGAAAUAAAGCAAUGGCAUCUGAUUCUUA